AUGUAUCCGGAGAUAUGUUAUGAGACCCUCUCAGCUUAUGUUAGCACCAUCCAGACUAGCGCAAGGGAACUUGCCAACGCUUCUUUGUCCGUGAGCCUGAAUGAUGAGCUCCACCAAUCAAUGGCAGCAAUGAAGGAUCUACAGGGCCCUGACUUUGAGAUGAAAAUGAGCAAUGUACAGACUUGGGUUAGUGCUGCUUUGAUCAAUGAGGAUACUUGCAUGGAUGGGAUGGAAGGGAAAGCAAUGAAUGGCAAAAUCAAAGACACUAUUAGGAGUAAUAUUGGCAGAGUCGCCCAAUUAACCAGCAAUGCAUUGGCCUUCAUCAAUGAACUCUCUUAUUGCGAAUAG